AUGCAAGUUGUUAAGGCAUUUGACGACAUGUAUUACGCGAUAUCGGAAGCGUCCAACGCCGACCCCGGCAACGCCGGCGCAUCCGCGUCGCAUUACGUCUCACCCAAGCCGUUUGGUCAGCAAUCAUGUUGUCAACGUUUGGGCUUACCAUUACGUCGCUGUCCAUUAGCCGUAGUUGGUCUAGGUCAAAAUGCUGUACAUCACGUGACUGGAGUUACUUCUUGCACUGUACUUUCUCGUACUUCAGAAAAUCCUCAUUUCAACAUUAAUCCUAUCGUAGUAAAUACUAUAACGAGUAAAAUGCCUGCUACAAACUUACCUACUAAUCUUCGUGAAUCUUUUAAACAUCUGGUCCUCGCUGAUGAGAAUUUUGAUAAACCAUCAAAUGUAGAUUUACUACUCGGCGCAGAACUGUUCCAUAGUAUUUAUGACGGUCAACGCGUUCAGCCCAGUCAUGAUCUACCGGUAGCUUUACACAGCGUAUUUGGUUGGGUCAUCACCGGCAAACUUGAUACAAACCAUUUACCUCCGCCAACAAUAUCUUCUCUCUUAGCAUCCACACGUUCUCUAGACGAGGGACUCAAGCGAUUCUGGGAGAUCGAAGAACCUCCAAGUCAGGUUAUCUUAAACCCUGAAGAUAUUAAAUGUGAACAAAUGUACUCAAAUCUAACGUAUCGUAAUCCCGACGGCAGAUAUGUUGUACCUAUGCUUCUCAAAGAACCUAUCAGUCAACUAGGCGAUUCUUUCAACCAAUCUUUCUCUCGGCUCGUUAACCUAGAACGACGCCUUAAUCGAAACUUAGAGUUGAAAAAAGAGUACACCGCCUUUAUGCGCGAAUACAAGCUGUUAGGGCAUAUGGAGCCUAGCGCUGACUCGAAUAAAAUCGGGCAGUAUAUAAUUCCUCAUCAUUGUGUCAUUCGCCCGGAAAGUACAACGACUAAACUUAGGGUUGUAUUCGAUGCUAGCGCCAAAACUACCAAUGGCAAAUCUCUUAACGAUCUUGUAUAUACUGGUCCAAAACUUCAAAACGAUAUAGGAGAUAUACUUACAAAAUUUCGGUUGCAUGCUGUUGUUUUUACUGCCGACAUCAGUAAGAUGUAUCGAAACAUCGAACUUAGGCCAGAAGACCGAAAAUGGCAGCAUAUACUUUGGCGCGAUUCUCCUUCUGAUCCUGUAACUGAGUAUGAGCUGAAAACGGUAACCUACGGGGUUACGAGUUCCCCUUAUCUGGCAAUACGUACUCUGCAUCAAUUAGCCUCUGACUACGAAAAAGAGUGGCCCUUAGCAGCUGCUAGUCUUCGUCAUGAUACUUUCAUGGAUGACAUCACUGUUGGUGCUACAUCUAUUGAAAGUGCACUGAAACAUAAAGAAGAGUUAAUACAAAUGUUAGCGCGUGCUAAGUUCGAAUUACGUAAAUGGAGUAGCAACUCACCCGAAUUCCUCACCCAGAUACCAACGGAACAUUGUCAAGUUCCUAAAACAUUUUGUGAUGAAAAACAAAAACAAAGUAUCAAGAUUCUUGGAGUCCAAUGGGAUCCAGCUGAUGAUAACUUUACUUAUGCUUUAUCAGAACUCGCUCCAGGGAAUACAAAACGUGCUAUUCUAUCAAACGUCGCCAGAAUUUAUGAUCCACUCGGAUGGUUGGCCCCAAUGGUUCUAAUAGCUAAGCUUACCUUACAAGAACUAUGGCGUCUUCAGCUUGACUGGGAUGAAACUGUACCAUUACUGCAGUCGUGGUCUUACCUGCUCUCAGCUUGUGGCUUGUUCCACUUGGUGGACAGGACCCAAAUGGAUAGUCUCGAAUUCUUCUACAUGGCCGGUGUCUGA